CCCCCCCUCCUCGAUACACACGUAUAAAAUCCGCAACCCUCCCAGGUUAAUUAAUUAAAGAAAAUUAAUUUCCGGAUUCCCUUUUUUCUUCCGCUUCACGAUUUCUCUCCGGUUUUCUCCUUCGUCUAAUCUCUCCUCUCGCGGGGCGGAGAAUCAGGGCGGAGUUCUGGGCGCGCGGCGGAGCCUUUCCUCGGAUUUUCUCUCCGUGCUUCUUCCCGGCCGCGGCCGCAGUCGGCAUCGCAAGUGCUUGGCAAAUAGCAAGACGCUAUGAAAUUCCGCAAAGGGGGCAAGGUGGAGGUACUGCAGAAGGCGGAGGCACCUUUCGGUUCCUGGAGGCCUGCCGAGAUCCUUUCUGGCAAUGGGCACACCUAUCUCGUAAGCUAUGAUCCAUGUCUGCUUGACGGUAGUCUGGCCAUUGAAAGGGUUCCAAGAAAGGUGAUAAGGCCUUCUCCCCCGUCCCCAGAUGGUCUGGUGUGCUGGGUCCCAGGCGACAUCCUUGAAGUCUUCGACAGCUAUUCAUGGAAGGUUGUGGAAGUCGUGAGAUUGCUUGGUCAUGAGUACUAUCUUGUCAGGCUCCUCGGAUCCUCCCUAGAAUUGAGGGUAGAUGCAUCCAACCUUAGGACAAGGCAGCUUUGGCAAGAUGGCAAAUGGGUUGCUCUUCCAAAGGAUUCUGCAAGAUGUGCUGCUGGUUCACACAGGAGUCGGACAAAAGGUGGAAAUUCAGGGGGCAGUCAUCUUCUAUUAAAGAACAAGAAUGUGUUUGAAGACAAUAUGUCUCGAGGCAUGAAGAGGAAAACCUCUGCUGCAUCAGCUUUCCCUAUGCAGCGCAGUGAAGUUACUAAGAGAUUUCAGACUUCUUGCAGAGAUGGAAGACGCCAACAUCUUGGUCCUGGAGAUUCUCUUCAUUUGAUGGAUAAGGGCCGAAGUUGGAGGCUUGUAAAGCAUCCUUCGGUAGGUCUGUGUUGAUGGAGGAGUUUGUCACAUGGUUUACUUGGUGACCAAUGUGGCAAUUUCCAUCAAACUUUGGUUCGUAUCCAAUUUUUUCUGUUUGUUUCAUAUCUUCCUUUUUUAGCUUCUUUUAGGGCUCUACUAGCUUUUGCAAGGAUACUGGACAGGAAUUUGGCUUGGCAUUAAUGAACAAAUAAGUUAAUGGUAAUAUUCAACAUGCAGCAUGUUUGCAAAAAAGAAUGCUUAUGUCAGUACAGAGAACUACUACAGCAUUUAUUGGAUAUUCUGACCAUGUCCUUUCCUGAACAAGGAAAACAAAGGAGCAGUUAAGUGUGCAAUAAUCUGGAUAUGUUGCUCUGUUGGUAAAGGAAGGAAUUGGAUAUCAUAAUUGCACAUUGCGAUCUAUGUGAUUAAUCGCUAAAUUAAUAUAAAAAUUGUGUUGUUUAAGUUGAAAAGCUCAAUAAAUAUAGGUAUGGAUUAUAUGACGAUAAAAGUAGAUAGUAGUCAUAGCACAUGUGAAUUGUUAAAGUAGUUUUCAGAGAUUUAUCUUGGCGACAGUACUCUUCAAAUGCUAGGUCUCGGAAGCUCAUCUAUUGAAGUUAAUAGCUGGUUUUUGCUUUGCAAGAAUUCAUGUCAGCUAAAUGAUUAUUUGGCGCAUUCUGGGGAAUGAGGGAGACUAUCCCUAGGUAGACUUAUUGGUUUUUGGCAUGUACAGUGAGCUACACCUGCAACUUACUUGAUGUGGAUAUUGAGAGGUAAGUUAGUAGGUUAGUAGGCAUAUUGUUUAUCCUCAGGCUCAGCAGUUCUACGGUAGGUUUGUUAAUUCUCAUACAUGAUAGAUAUUGCAAGUGUAAAGUAUUUCUCUGAAAAGUGCUGACUCAGAUGUGUUACUACAUGAUCUUCUUGAUAUCCUUAUAAGGAGUUAUGGAGACUACCUUUGUAUUUCAUAAAUGUAAAAGUACUUACCUGAAAAGUAAUGCUUAUUUUGGCCUUCUUACUGAUAUGUGGAUGAGGUUGGGUCUACAGAUUUACCUACAUGUCCCUUGUAGUUUCUCAGUAUAAAAUCCUAGUCUGUGUCCUACUGUGCCACUUUUGUAUUAAAAAACAUUGGGAUGUUCUUAUGACUUGUAUGUGUAAUGGCAACACUUGUUAAUCCUCCUACAGUCAUGUUGUCCAUACUACAGAUAUUCUUUUUUCAUCGCUCUAUGUAAUUAUAUUUGUGCGUGGUGUUGUGACACUACUGGUUCAGUCUAUGAUAUGAAGCACACCAUUCAGUGUACCUGCCCCAGAGCAACCGGCACAGUUGUUUAUGUUUCACACUUGUCUGAACAUUUAAUGAGUUGAAUGAAUUUUUGUGAAAUAAAUCUGUAAUUUGUAGUAUGCUUGGCCAGUAACAAUUCAAAAUAUUUAAUGAACAUUUAAUGAGUUGGAUGUGUUUUUGUGAAAUGAAUCUGUAAUUUGCAGUAUGCUUGGCUAGAAUAAUGCAAAAUAUUCAACAGAAACAUGUAUAUAUAUUCCAACCAUCACGAUACGAAGCUUUUUAGAUAUUAAGGUUGUUACAUAUUGGAAAUGCAGUAUGCUGAGAAGGCUAUGUGCGAAAACUUUUCCACUCAUAUUUACAAACUCUCAUUUAUACGGCGCAAAACAUUUCUUGAUGUAUAACUUCUGUAUGAAGCAGCAUGCAGAUAGCACCUUGUUGUUAGCCAGGAUUUUUUUCCCUGACAGCUAUAUUUGAUUAUAACAAAAAAAACCUUUGAAGUUUGGGUCGUGGAGACUAUUUCUGACUGUUUUUUGUAUGAAAAAAGUUGAUGUACUAGCCAACUAGGCCUGACAUGAUUCACUACAGCAAUUCUUUUUCAGAUUGGUAAGACCUCAGUUUUUGUACGAAAAGAGAAGCUGCAGUAUCUUUAUUUUGUAAUUGAUGACAAUGAGUUCAGAAAACAUACUGCAGAAAGGAAAACUGGAGAGUGCUUGCUUCUGGUCUGUUGGCUAAACCAAUCUAAACUAACCAAGACUGACCUUUUUCAUUUUAAGAACUUUCUAGUUUUUAUUUGCUCGCCUUGAUUAUAAGCCAUUUGGUAUGGAACAUUAGCUUAGAGGCACAGACCAGAUGAUCUCAAUCUGAUGCCAAAACGCUACUUGGCUGUUCUCAUUUACUGACUUGUAGUUUUCACCUAGGCGACAUCGUAAGUUAGGAGGCAAUAGAAUAUUUAUUUAAUACAUUUCAUUUUCGUAGUGAAAGAUUUAUUUAUUCUGUCUACAAGACAUACUAAGGUCAUAAUGGUAUAAGACAAGGUCUGGGCAAAUUUAUGUACUCUUAUCUGUAACAAAAAAAUGUUAGGACUAAAAAAAUUCUGAUGUUCUUUAUAAUAUGAUAGUAACUUCUCUUUUUGAAUAAUGGUAUCCUUGUUGCUUUCCGUUACAACUUAAUUAUGCACACGAUGUUCACUGAGAAAACAAAACUAACAGAUGAUUGAGGUGCUGUGGUUCCCUUACAAUUGUGCCAGCUAGAACUAUUUGGGGAUCAUCUAUAGAUAAAAGUGCUCUUGGAUGCAAUGCCAUAGUUGAUCUCAGGAGAUCUUAUCAGGAUAUUGACGUGCAAAGAAAAUGGGCACUUUCUGUAUGUUUUCAGCCGACAUGUGGAUAUAACAGGCUUGAUGCUGAUCCAUUGCAGCUUUAUUUUUACGGCACACUCUGCUGUGUUUUGGUAACCCAUUCACAGGCUUUCUAGCAAAGGUAUGUACUAUUGUUCAGGUGGUCUUUUAUUCUGAUGGCUCAACUGAUUGAGUCACAGCUCCGCUUUCUCAGGUCAGCCCAAAGGCUUGGAGUGAGCUAUUCAGUAUUUUGUUUUUUUACUUAAUCUUCGAUGGUGUUUAUAGUAUUCUAUGAAUAGCUUCUGGAAUUGAGGUUUGAUAUUUUAAAAUGUAUGUAUUGGUAAUGUUUGAGUAAUAAUAGUAAUAAUAGGAAUCUUUGUCAUUGGUCUGAGUACCCUGAGUAAGAAAGAAAGCUUUUCCUGUCUAAUCCGUGAUCUGUCCCUUUUGGUGUGGAGCAUAUUCCUCCACUUGUUUCAUGAAUUGGAAUCCUGGUACAUAGCAUUGAUUAUUUCUUUCCUAGAAACGAGUUGAAAUGAAAUGAGUAGUUAGAAUCACUAUUUCAGAUGAUCCAUCUCUGCUUUUCCUGGGGAUGCGUGUUUUGUAUCCUUGCGGCUGGAUCUAUUAUUCUGAUGCAUUAGCACAGCACCUGGAGCGGUGCUGUUCAUCAUGCAACGCUUCUUUUUCAGUGGCUCAGCCAUCGGGGAUGUCAAUGACACAGAAAAAGCAGCUGCAUACAGAUCCAAGGAGACCCGCCAUGUGGCUGGGGAGCACUAUGAUCUGAAUUUUGUGAAGUCAGCCAUCAGGCAUCUAUCAGUGUACGGUGAGGUUGUUUCUACCACGGUGCUUAUCCAUCUGAUGGUUCUCAUACUUGGAUGCUAUAGUAUCCAAGUCGUCCACAAGUUGAGAUAUGGCUGUUGAGGUUCAUGACUGAACGCACAUCCACACUUGCCCCUAAGCUUAAGCUGUAAUGUUGGACAUGGAGGAACAUUUCAGAUUUGGGUAUGACCCAAUUUGCCUGGUUGAUAUGAUGAUAUACGUGAGUACAUGACUUGCAUUUGUGCCCAUAAAUUUGUAAUCAUGGAUGAUGGCAAAUCUUUUUCUCUUUAGAAAAGCUGGCAUUGACACGGAGGGCUAGCCCUGGAUAACUUCAUAAAGGAGGCUAAAGCAUAAUAUAACAAAAGAAGGAAGGAAUGAUCGACACUGAGGGUUAGUACUAAAUUCAUGAUGAGGGCUUGCAUGUGUCAGGAAAUCUGUGAAGAUACUUUGGUAAUAAAAGCAUCCUGAUGUUUUUACCUGUCUUAUGCUUGUACGUAAAUUGACAUCAUGACCCGUACAUGCAACAAGAUCUCUGAUACAGUAGUAAUUAAUUCUAACCCCUGUCAAAAUAUACUGCUUUUAGCUUGAAGGUGCACUCAUUUUUUAAUACAUUAAUGCUUUUUCAGGUGAUCAGCAUUAUGUAGUGUUAUAUGUAUGUAUCCAUACCCAAUGAAGAAAAGGGGAGAUCAGACACAGUAUGGUUUCUCUGGAUGCAGUGCAAAAGUCUUCUACUUAUCACAAAAUUGAUGAUUCUUAUUUGCUAUUAUGGGGUUUCUGCAGCCUGCCUGCGGGUAAGAUGUGGAAUUGUUAAGUAAGAUCACUGGCAUACUUGUCUUUUCUAUUGAUUUGACAUCUGUCCUUUUUUCACGCAUUUCACGUGAUUAAAUUCAAGCCUGUCCAUGAGAUUCUGAUUUCAGAUUGGCUCAUAGAUAGGAACAGGAAAAAAAAACUCAUGGAAAGAAGAUAGAUGCUCUGGAUUGAUCCUUGUUCUAUUCAUUUACUGCUGAGGCCCAAGGAGUAACUAUAAGACCCCUUUGAAAUUCAGGAUUCUGAAACGUAGGAACAGAAAACCUUGUAUCCUAAACGAAAGCACACAACUUUGUACAAAUAGAUCUUUAGAUGUUCGACUGAAAUUAUACAAGAUUUUACCCCUCUUAGAAUUCCUCCAAAGUUCUAUGGACUUGGUGCUCCCUAGAUUAACCACAAGCUAAUUCUUUUUGAAGGGCCACACUCAGACUGAAAGGUGGACUAAAUGUAAUUACAAUAGGUGUUUAUAACUUGGUGAUGCUUAUUUAA